AUGACCGACCCUCUUGUUGCCCCGGUCGCAAGACCUGUCACUGACAUAGAUCGGGCCAUCGACAUCGUCAGCGAAGCCUUCCGUGCCGUUCCUUUGACCAAUACCUUCAUUGCCGAGAUCGACAACACCCCACCCCCGUACCCCUCGCCCUCUAUUGAUGCCACCCGUCGCCGUCGACACUUCGCUCAAGGGAUCAAAGACGGUUUCGAGAGUGGUUCUAUAUGUUUGGAAGCAGGAGACUGGUCCGCUGUUGCGAUAUGGGAAGCGCCGGAGUUUAGGGGCAAGCCCUUCACCCAUUUGGGCAGUGCUGGCCCACUCCGCUCAGGGUGGAGAGAAAGAGUCAGUGCCGCCAAAGCGAAGCAUCUUGGAGACAGACCGUUCUGGCACCUCGCAUUUCUUGCUCGGAAUCCCGAUGUGCCCCUGGCGAAGGGUGCUGUGUCUGCGGUUGUGAAGCCGAUACUCGAACGCGCUCAAGCCGAGGGCCAUCCUGUCUGGCUGGAAGCUGUAGACGAGCGCGGCGUUGCUAUCUACAAGCACUUUGGGUUCCAACUCGUCGAUCAUGUUGUGCUUGGUAAAGGAACUCACAAUCCGUCAGGAUGGCCCGAGGAGGGCGGCAGCGGCACUGCCGGCUAUUGCAUGAUCUACGAUCCUUGA